CUUUGAACCUGUUGAACUUUACCGCCGUCCCAUUUGAAUACCAAGAACUGUCCAACAAGAGCGGGCUUAGUGAACUAAACAGCAAGUCCAGUCAAAAUGAGCCCGAUGCUAGUCUUUUCUGACUUCGACGGGACAAUAUGUGUUCGGGAUACCGGCACUGUCAUCAUCGAUACCGGAAUGGGAUACGACGCUCGUCGAGCUCUGGAUCUUCAGAUCCUCAACGGAACAAUCUCCUUCCGGGACGGCGUGCGUCAGAUGUUCGACAGCGUCACCAUCACAUGGAACGAGGCCGUCAAGCUCCUUCACGGCGCCCCGCUUGAUCCACACUUCGCAGCCCUCCACGAUCUCUGCAAAGAGAAGAAGAUUCCACUGACCGUGCUAAGCAGCGGGAUCAAGCCGUUGAUUGCAAAGCAUUUGGAGGACUAUCUGGUCACCGAGGAUGCCGAGAAGGAGGAGGAGCAGGGCAUCAUGACGCUGGUGGCGAAUGACGUGGAUUACGUGGAGGCUGAGGACGGGAAGAGUGGGAAGUGGAAUUUUCUUUUCCGGGAUGACACCCCACAUGGCCAUGACAAAGGACUGUCCAUCAAAAACUACAUAACCGAGUACCAGCGCACACACAGGGCCCCCAACAACCAGCGGCCAUACGUCGUGUUCAUUGGCGACGGCAUAUCGGACAUUUCUGCGGCUAGGGAGGCCGACAUCAUCUUCGCUAAGCGUGGAAAGGACUUGGAGACUUGGUGCGUCAAUUCGAAGGUGGACUAUGUGCCGUGGGACGAUUUUGGGAUUGUUGUGGACACUGUGAGGCGGAAGUAUGUGGAACUCGUCCAGUGAAUGAGGAGAGGCGUAUAGGGAGAGACGUUAGAUCUGGACGAGGCAUCAGGAUAGACUGGGAAAUUCAGAUUUGUUUAUAGAUCUUCAGGACUGAAUCGAAAUUGGGGCCCUUGCUGAGAUAGUAACGGGUGGAAAUCAGUGAGC